AUGAACAAAUUUAAUGUUUCGAAUGCAGAUGAAGUGACAAUUUCUGACUAUGCCUUCAAUUUAUGUCAAAACUUAAAUGACAUUGAAAUUGAAAACAUUAUUUCAAUUGGAAGCUUUGCUUUCAAUAAAUGUCAGUUCACUUCACUUACAAUAACAUCAUAUGAUAAAGAUGUUAUUUUAGGAAAUGGCUGCUUCUCUGAAUGUCAAAAAUUGGAGAGUUUCACAAUGACAUUAAUUCUUGAAAAUUCUGUUUUCCUGAAUUGUCACAUUUUGAAGAAUUUGACACUUUUCACUCAAGUUAAAGCAAAUAUUGGUGAUUCUUGCUUCGAAAACACUGCUUUAGAGAGUGUUAAAAUCAGAGGAAAUGUUAAAGAAAUAGGAAAGUAUGCUUUCGGAAAUUGCAAGAGUUUAGUUCGUUUUUACUUGGAAGAUUCAAGUAAGGAAACAGUUUUGAAUGAUUACGCAUUUUGCAAUUGCAUGAAAUUAAGUAAUUUCACAAUUGUAGAUGGAGAAAUUGAAGUUGGAAAAUAUACUUUCUGCAAUUGCGCUGAAUUAAAAGAAUUUACCGUUAAAAAAGUAUCAAGUUUCGAUGAAUAUUCAUUUUGCAAUUGUACAAGUUUGAUUGAAGUUAUUACUGAAGGUGUUGAUAAGAUUUCAUCACACAGCUUCGAAAAUUGUGUCUCUCUGACUAAUUUCUCUUUCGUGUUGAAAGCAAAAGAAAUUGGAAGUUACAGUUUUAACAGUUGUAAAAUCAAAAACUUAUCUCUCACAGAAGAUAAGAAAUUGACGAUUGGAGAGUAUUCGUUCUACAACUGCAGUGAAUUAGAAUUUGUUUCUAUUGUUGCAGAAGAGGCAUCAAUAGGAAAAUUUGCUUUCUCUAAUUGUCCAAAUUUGACAACAUUUUAUUGUUGCUCUGAUAUUGAAAGUCCUCCAGAAUUUUUGUUCACAAACUCUCCAAAUCUUAAAGAAGUUUUUGUUGGAGAUGAUUACGACUAUGACAAACUUGGAGAAGUAGAUGUCAAAGUUUCUGAUGUUUGUUAUUCAGAUUCUGAUGCACAACAUGACAGGAAAGUUAGAAUUGCAUGGAUUUCUUCGAUUUCCGUUUUACUGUUUAUUCUUGUUGUUGGUGGUGUUGCUAUCGCUAUUUGGUGGGCAAAGUGCAAAUCUCCAAAUGUUGACACAAUGGGAGAUAAUGAAUAUGCCCUCACAACAAAUAACGAAAGUGCUCAGCCUGAACUCUAA